AUGGGGAAUCUAUUUUGUUGUGUACAAGUUGACCAAUCAACGGUAGCGAUUAAAGAAACGUUUGGGAAAUUCGAAGAUGUUCUUGAGCCUGGUUGCCAUUUUCUUCCUUGGUGUCUUGGUAGCCAAGUCGCUGGCUAUCUCUCUCUCAGGCUUCAGCAAUUGGAUGUUCGUUGCGAGACAAAGACUAAGGACAAUGUGUUUGUUAAUGUUGUUGCAUCGAUUCAAUACCGCGCUCUGGCUAAUAAGGCGAACGAUGCUUUCUACAAACUCAGUAACACAAAAGGCCAGAUUCAAGCUUAUGUGUUUGAUGUCAUUAGAGCAAGUGUCCCCAAGCUGCUUCUAGAUGAUGUCUUUGAGCAAAAGAAUGAAAUUGCGAAAGCUGUUGAAGAUGAGCUCGAGAAGGCAAUGUCUGCUUACGGUUUUGAGAUUGUCCAAACUCUCAUUGUUGAUAUCGAGCCUGACGAACAUGUCAAACGGGCCAUGAACGAAAUCAACGCUGCUGCAAGGAUGAGAUUGGCUGCGAACGAAAAGGCAGAGGCCGAGAAGAUCUUGCAGAUAAAGCGAGCUGAAGGUGAAGCUGAGGCCAAGUACCUCUCGGGUCUAGGUAUCGCCCGUCAGAGACAAGCCAUUGUAGAUGGUUUACGCGACAGUGUGUUGGGUUUCUCUGUGAACGUCCCCGGGACAACCGCUAAAGACGUGAUGGACAUGGUGCUUGUUACACAGUACUUUGACACCAUGAAGGAGAUUGGUGCCAGUUCCAAGUCUUCUGCUGUCUUCAUACCGCACGGACCAGGAGCGGUUCGCGAUGUGGCUUCUCAGAUCAGGGACGGGCUCCUUCAAGGCUCGUUCGCCAACGAGUCUUCAAGUUGA